GACGCGAUAUAAGUCCGACUAAUCAAAUCAAUCAACGCUUAUACUAGAUUGUGUUUUAACCUAUGACAUGAUAUUAAUUGCCCCGAAUUAAUCAACUUGGCACGGCACUUAGUGGUCCUACUAGCUCACUGACACGAAGAUGUCCCAGCCCCACAGAAAAAGAAGAAAGAUUGCACUUGCCUGUACUCCGUGUCGUGCGCGAAAGAUCCGCUGCGACGGCGUUGAGCCCACCUGUGGCCCAUGCAAGCGACGAGAGACCUCGUGUUCCUACCCCGGUGAAAACGCAAGGAAGAUCCAGGAUAACCAGUGAGAUGCCGCUGAGAAUAAACCGAGCGAC